AUGUUGUCGUCGUCAUUUUUCAGCACGGCAACCCUUCCGAUAUUACAGUCUGAUGGGUUCAAACCAUCAACAACAACGUCUCCCUCUUGUAGUUUCACUAGCCCAAAUGCUCCACUUAAUUCAGCUACCUACGGUUCCCUGUUGGACUCUUGCUGUUCUGCCGAACCCGGCAAACAAAUCCACGCUCACUCUUUGAAAAAUGGGUUUGUGCUUGGAGGGACGCCUGAUAAUAACUUUGUGCAGACAAAGUUGGUUCAGAUGUACGCUAGAUGUGGCCAUCUCGAUGAUGCCGUUCAGGUAUUUGAGGAAAUGCCCGUCAGAAGCUUGUAUGCUUGGAUUGCCAUUAUGAAUAUGUUCCUGGAUAACGGGUUCUUCGAGGAAGCUUUCUCGUGUUUCCAAGAUUUGCAGUUGGAGGAUAUUGAGCUGGAAUUCUUUGCGUUUCCAGUGGCUUUAAAGAUUUGCAGUGGAGUCAAUGGAGGCGCAGGGUUGGGAAGUCAGCUGCAUGGGACUGUCAUAAAGAGGGGUUUCACCUCGAAUAUCUAUGUUGGAAAUGCGUUAAUUGACAUGUAUGGUAAAUGUGGAAGACUGGAGGAUGCCAAAGCUGUCUUUGAUCUUAUGCUAGAAAGGGAUUGCGUAUCUUGGAAUUCGAUCGUCACUGCUUGUACUGCAAAUGGCAUGGUGAACGAUGCAUUGGAAUUCUUACGAAGGAUGUCAUCAGGAGAAGAUGAUGUGGCACCAACUGUUGUUUCUUGGUCCGCGGUGAUUGGUGGCCUUGCACAAAAUGGGUAUGACGAAGAGGCAAUCGAUAUGUUAUAUAGUAUGUUGGAAGCAGGCUUCAAGCCUAAUGCACAAACCCUAGCAAGCGUUCUUCCUGCUUGUGCUCGAUUGCAGAGGCUAGGGCUUGGCAAGGAGAUUCAUGGCUAUCUUUUCAGGCACCUGUUUAUGCACAAUAGUUUUGUAGUCAACGGAUUGGUAGAUUUGUACAGGAGGUGCGGGAAGAUGGAAACCGCUCAGAUUCUGUUCUUGCUUUUCUCCACGAGAAAUGAGGUCUCCUAUAAUACAAUGAUUGUGGGUUAUUUUGAGACCGGGGAAAUUUCAAGGGCUGAAGAGCUUUUUGAUGAGAUGGAACUAGAAGGGAGAAGGGAUGUAAUAAAUUCCUGGAACUCAAUGAUAUCAGGCUAUGUGAAUAAUUCAAUGAUGGAUAAGGCCCUGACUUUGUUCCGGGAUUUGGUCAGUAAAGAUGUUAAAGCUAACAGUUACACCCUAGGAAGUGUUCUUACCGCUAUUGCUGAUACAGCCUCUUCUAGAAUUGGGAAGGAAGUUCAUUCCUAUGCCAUUGGUAGAGGUAUGCAAUCGGAUACAUUCGUUGGUGGAGCUUUGGUUGAAAUGUAUUGCAAGUGCAAAGAUUUAAAUGCUGCUCAGAAAGCCUUUGAUGAGGUGAUUGAAAAGGAUACACCAACUUGGAAUGUGUUGAUAUCUGGAUAUGCUCAGUUGAAAGCUAAUCAAGAAAGUAUUAACUGCCUCCUUCAAAAGAUGAAAGAAGACGGGUUUGAUCCGAAUGUUUACACAUGGAAUGGUAUCAUUGCUGGUCAUGUGGAAAAUGACAACAAUGAGGUAGCUCUGCAAUUGUUCUUGGCCAUGCAAAGUAGUUCGAACAUAAGACCUGAUAUAUACACCAUUGGUAUAAUAUUACCUGUAUGCUCAAGGUUGGCAACUAUUGAUCGAGGAAUGCAGGCGCAUGCGUUUGCAAUCAAACGUGGUUUUGAAUCAGAACCACAUGUUGGGGUGGCCCUAUUAGACAUGUAUGCAAAAUGUGGAAACUUGAAGUAUUCAAAACGUGUGUACAAUAGGAUUAGAAAUUCAAAUUUGGUAACUGAAAAUGCAAUGCUUUCUGCAUAUGCCACACAUGGUGAAGGAGAGGAAGGAAUCACCUUUUUCAGGCGCUUGCUUGUUAACGGAUUCAACCCGGAUGGUGUAACAUUCCUGUCUGCACUAUCUUGUUGUGUCCAUGCUGGUUCAGUUGAAGAAGGACGAGAAUGCUACAAUAUGAUGGCAUAUUAUGAUGUGAAGCCAACAUUAAAACAUUAUACCUGCUUAGUUGAUCUUCUGAGCCGGGCAGGACUUCUUCAGGAAGCAUACAAGGUUAUCAGCAAAAUGCCAAUGAAGCCAGAUUCAGUGAUCUGGGGUGCAUUGCUGGGAGGCUGUGUUAUACAUGGAAAUAUUGAGAUAGGAGAACUUGCUGCAGAAAACCUUAUUGAAUUAGAGCCAAAUAACACAGCAAACCAUGUCAUGUUAGGAAAUCUGUACGCUUCUGCAGGCAGAUGGAAUGAUCUGGCAAGAACACGACAGCAAAUGACAGAGCUACACAUGCGAAAAAAACCAGGAUGUAGUUGGAUCGAAGACAAAGAUGGUAUUCAUGUAUUUUUAGCCUGUGAUAUGUCUCAUUCGCGGUCAAAGGAGAUUUACAACAUUUUGGAUAAGUUGACUCUUCAAAUAUCUGUCUAUCCAGAAUAA